CUUCGAGAAGGCCUAGAGGAGCCAACUCUAAAGCUGAUUGGUUGACACAACAUCGUCAUUCCCAUUCACUUGAAGCUACCAGCGCCUUCAAUGUUGAUUCUGAAGGCCUAAGGGCAGAUGUUAGCCCCUGGCAACACACGAUGGCUGAAUAUGAUUGGAUAAAAGAUCUAACAUAAAGACCAGCCCUCCAAAUCUCAACCUGGCGCUGGCAGCAGCGCAACCAAGAGGAACGCUAUGAAAUUAAGAGAAUAACUCUUACUCUGGGAAAUAAUUGAAUACAUAUUUGUGGGGAAAUAUAUUUAGAAAAAAAUAUAUAUUCUGAUGAUGUUUAGGCCAGCAGAGAAGGCCUUGCUGGCCCUGACGGCCCGCCACUGCUGUAUAGUUGUUGGCUUACUAAUGGGAGUGUAAUGUAAUUUAGCUAACGUUAAUAGCUUGUAGCUUGACCUUCCCGGUUUCCUCGGCUUGUAGAAAGGCUUAACGUGACUGAACGUUGCGGACCGACUUUAAGUAUAUUUUCUAACUUAAACUUAUCAGUGCGGUAAUAUUAAGGGGAACAAAAACUAAAGUGAAAUCUCGUUGAUAAAGGAGCAUUUGCCGCUCUCUGCGUUUGGCGACUAAUGGGUUAAUGUUACGGCAGCCAUUACGUUACCUCCACGUAAAAUUAACGGCUGCCGUGACGUCAUUACGUUAAGGUAAAGCCGGGCGGCUCUGCUCUGCUGUUUUCUGUGGGAGUGUCGUGUCACGUUGUGUUGCUUGUUCUCAGUUAUACACGAAUGAGCUCGCGUUAGCUUGAACAUGUAAAGGAAGCUCUGAAAGCACUGAGGAAAUAUGUUUCAAUGCUGAAACAUUUAAGCUGCAGCUGCUCUGUAGACGUCAGAGAGGAGGAGAAGUUAGGUCGCGUCAUGACGACAGUCCGUUUUUUCUAUCUGAUGGUGUGAUGAAUACAUAACUCUUUGGGGACCUGAUAUUGUGUUGGUAAGUACAUUUAACAAACAAACUCUUCACAGCUAUGCUGAUCCCAGCAGUACUGCUCAGGAUAAAUGUUCUGUAAUGGUGUGGUCUUUUUGCUCUCUCUAUGGGGCAGUAAUUUCUGACAGCAAAGUAAAUCUGCCACUGAUCAUAUGUAGACACGAUUUUGGUCCACUUUAUUUAGUCAGCUUAAUAUUACAUUUCCUAACUAAUGUUUUCUCUCUCUCUUUCUCUCUAAUUGUUGUUUGUCUAGUUUAUGUGGCAGUGUAAAGACUGUGGCACUGAAGUGUCUAGGCGAUCAGAAAUUCUUAAACAUUACAAACUAAAACAUAGUCAUUUUGGACGUGGCCUUCAUAUUAAGUGUGUAUAUCCUGAUUGUCCAUGCAGUUUUAAGACUUGGAAUUCACUUUUGGCACACUUGUCGAGGAAUCAUACCACUACCUUAAAGCACUCAACUGACAUUUUUACUACAUUUUCCUGUCAUUUAUGUGGCUGUAAUGACCUUGGAACAGAACGUGAUUAUUUUUUGCACAUAAGCCAUCAUCUGAGAAACCAUGAGACAGUAACUUGUAUGUUUAAAGGCUGUGAAUACAAAUCAAACGUAUACAGCACCUUCACAUCACACAGAAGUCGGAAGCACCAUUUACAUUCAUUGGUGGAUUUCAAGGAUGAUGUAGUACAAGAAACGUGUGUAGCUGAAACGGUAGAGCCUGGUGUUUCAAACAGUGAAGAAUUCUGCGCUGAAAAUCAGUUGGAUGAUGUUGCUUUAGAUGCAUCAAAAGAUCAGCAAGAUAUAAUUCAACAAAAAAUUGCUUCAGUGUUAUUAAAGCUGGAAAACAUCUUUCAUGUGCCAAGUGCUGCAGUUGAUGAAUUGCUGGAGGAAUUGCAAUUUUUGUUGGGCACAGGAUCUUUGUGUAGUACAAGAAAUGUGAUACGUGACACACUGAAUAGUUAUAAUUUGCAAGUUGACCAGUCAGUCAUUGAAGAACUUGCGUCUGCUGUGUGCACAUCUAAUCCUGUGUACAAGUCUAUUGGAAAAGGUUGUCCUUUGGCAACAUCCUUUAAACGCAAAACAUUCUACAAAAAUCAUUUUAAAGUUGUGGAACCCAUAGAAUAUAUAUUGGAUGACAAAGAUAAAAGAACGCUGCAGUAUGUUCCACUAUUAAAGUUUUUGCAGCAGCUUUUUACUGAUGGUCAUAUUCUUAACAAAUCCUUUGAUAGUCAUCUUGUAUCAGAAGGUAGAGGAGAAGAAGUGGUAUACAAGUCUUUUCGAGACGGGUUGUUUUUCAAGGAAAAUCCUUUUUUUUCUGGAGGUGAGUUGCGAGUGUUACUGAAUUUAUAUGUUGAUGAUUUUGAGGUUCGUAAUCCCCUUGGCACAUCUCGUAAAAAGCACAAGAUCUGUGGUGUUUAUUGGAAUCUCAGCAAUUUACCACCAGGUUGCCAUUCUUCGUUAUCUUCGAUUUAUUUGGCCUUACUCUGCAAGUCUGAAGAUGUGAGGACAUAUGGCUAUGAAAGAGUCCUAGAGCCUUUGUUGAAGGAUCUUGCCAUUUUGGAAAGUCACGGUAUUUUUAUUGCACAGCUUGGAGAUUGUGUUAAGGGCAAAAUACAGUGUGUCAUAGCAGACAAUUUGGGAGCCCAUGGACUUGCUGGAUUUAUUGAGAGUUUUGCAGGUAUCUUACAUGUGCCGUUUUUGUGUGGCAGAAAAGUCUGAAAUUCAGGAGAGGGAAGUAAGUUCAGGGGCCUCAUUUAUAAAGGGAUUUACGCAAGAAAAAAUGGCGUACGCCGUUUCUACGCAAGGUUUGCGAUUUAUAAAAUACUAACUUGACUGGAAAAGGUGCGGUCCUCCACGCAAACUCGAACCCAUGCGUACGCACUAAGCACAACAACAGGAGAGACGAGAAACUGCGACACCGUUGGCAGAAGGAAGAAUGGAGAGAAAUAUGUGGAAAUAAUACCAUCAAUAUGUUACUCAUUUAUCAUAUGAAGGACUACUUUUCAAACAUUGAUUAAAGCCAAUCUUAAAAUGAUUAAACAAACUUCUGUUGCGACUCCUCAGUGCACACAGACACAUAACUUGGAUAAAUAAAUAAAUACGGAUAUGUUAUUUAAAACCACCUCGAAUAUGUUGUGUUAAUGUUAUGAAAUGUAUUCUCAUAAAUGAUGCGGUAAGCAGGAGGACAGAA